GAAAUUGUGCGCUCGUCUCGCAAAGCCGCGGUAGCCGCCGUUGGAUGUCGCCCGCUCCCUACCACUGCGCUGCAUCCCAUUAGCCCACCCGCAGGGUUUGCAUGUCGCAGCAACCUCCCAGUUUCUUCCCGACGACCGCGAUAGACCAUGCAUUCGCUGGCUUGGGAGCUGGUGUCGUCGCGGUGCUAUGCAUGCACCCUUUGGACCUCCUCAAAAUCAAAUUCCAAGUAGCGACUGACCGGCCACGAGGUGGCCUCGGAAAACAGAUCUGGCUGUCGCUCAAGGACAUCCAGACACAGCAAGGAUGGCGAGGUCUCUAUAGAGGUGUCGGUCCCAACAUCGCUGGCAAUGCUUCCAGCUGGGGCCUCUAUUUCUUAUUUUACAACAUGCUCAAGAACCGGGCCACGGGAGGGGAUCCGAACUACAAACUCUCCUCCGGCUCUUAUCUGCUAUAUUCUGCGGAAGCGAGUGCCGUGACGGCCAUUAUGACAAAUCCCAUAUGGGUCGUCAAAGUCAGAAUGUUCACCACGCGCGCAGACAGUCCGCAGUCUUACCGAGGUCUUUGGGACGGCCUCAGAACCAUCUAUAGGACGGAAGGAACACGCGGCCUAUAUCGGGGUACAUCAUUGGCACUCUUUGGCGUAAGCAAUGGCGCGAUGCAGUUCAUGGCAUACGAGAAGAUGAAAGAAUGGGGGUUCGAGCGCAAAAGAAAACAGCUCGCCAAAGACGGCAAAGAAUACACGCCAGCCGACGAUAAACUGUCUAACACCUCAUACACGAUCAUGUCAGGUGCCAGCAAGCUUUGGGCCCUGUCACUGACGUACCCGUAUCAAGUAGUCCGAUCACGUCUACAGAACAACGCGACGGCGCAUCUGUACCCCACAAUCCGAGCAUGCAUCAAGCGUACCUUUGCCGAGGAGGGGUUGCGUGGAUUUUACCGAGGGUUGGGCACGAACUUGGUGCGCGUCCUGCCCGGGACGUGCGUCACGUUUGUUGUGUAUGAGAAUCUCGCUUGGCUGUUGCGCACGUCCGCUGCCAGAAAGGAGGAGCGGAAACGUGCCAUCGAGGAAAGCGGAAUUAGCUGAGACCUGGCGGGACUCGAGUAUCAUGUUCAGCGAUACGGAGCGCCAGGCAGCAGCGGUCUGCGGUCUUUUGCAAACGCACAAUGAACCAUAAACACAUAGAUCCCCAUGUCUAGACCAUGUCAUCUUGUUGACCUACCCUACGCUAGUAGUAAUCUCAUCUAGGAAUC